AGUCUCUCCGCUCCACGCAGCAAACAGCUGUGAAUUUGCAAUUGUUGUUGAAGAAAUGCAAAAAUGUUUUUAUAACGCACAUGCAAAGGCUGGACAGUUGGAAACACAAACAAACAACUCGCACAAAGCGCACGCCCACUGGAAGAGAAACCUCUAGAAGAUCACAUUAACAUGGCAAAGGCGAACGGUUGGUGCGGAGUAGAAGUGCAGGGAAAUGGUUCCUCAAAAUAUACGCGCACCACUGAAUUGCGGCGAGUCGAGGAUAACGACAUCUACAAGCUGGCUACAAUUUUGGAUGUGAAUGCCUGCUGGCGAAAGCUUAUGUCCAUCAUACCCAAGGUGGACGUGCAGGCCUGCAGCGCAGCCGGUGCGGUGAAGGUUAGUGCCAACGGCGGGCGCAAGUACACAGCUCAAGACAUAAGCCUGAUUGACGGUGUGGCGGAGAGGUUGCCUCCCGAUCAAAGCAUAUCGCAGGUAAUGAUUGAUGAGUGGAAAACGUCGGGGAAGCUAAACGAGCGUCCCACUGUCGGAGUGCUACUGCAGCUUCUAGUUGAAGCAGAACUUUACAGUGCCGCUGAUUUCGUGGCGCUAAAUUUUCUGAACGAACCCAAACCAGAGCGCCCUACUGAUGGCCCUGCAGCGCAUUUCAGCCUGGAGCUGGGCGACGAUAUGGACGUGGACACAGAGGUGACAGAUCCCAGCUAUCUGCCCAACACGGCGGCAUUGAAUGCGGCUGGCCAGGGUAGUAUGGGAUUCAACUUGGAUUACUUUGACAAGCACAUGGUGCGGCGCGACAAGAGUUUGCCGCAACCAUCUGCGAGUGUUCCUCCCACAGCGCCACCUCGCUCCUCUCGACAUCAGAAGACCAGCCAGACUGCCAGCCCAAACGCGUCGACAGGCGCCACAUCUGCGACUGCGACUGCAACCACAACCACACCCAAUAUACCCAACAUACCCAAUCUAACAAUCCUCAAUCCCAGCGAACAAAUACAGGAGACAGCGCAGCCAGAGCAACCUCCUCCACAAAAUAUUCCCAAUCUGUCUAUACUCAUCAACAACUCAGAAGCAUCAAUGACAACGGCGUCCACUGCGCUGGAGAAGACCAGCAAUGGAAGCAGCGCUACCGAUCCACCCAAUAUCCCAAUAAUCACCCUUUUAAUUGAUAACCCCGCCGAGAUAAGCGGCCCUGUCGCUGCGGAUGCUGCAUCUGUCAAUUCCACCACCACGCCGACAACGCCAAGCCUCAGUAAUUUGCCAAUGAUAAGUGCUUUAAAUUUGAACGCUGAGAAUGGCGAAGGCUCCCAUCACGACAGCUGUAGCACAAGCAGUUUGAGUAACGACGAAGAUGAUGACGAGGAAGACGAAGAGGGGGACUACGCAGAUGCAUCCCUGCCAAACCUCAGCAAUUCCGAGCAGCAGAAUUCCAACAACGACUCCAGUCUGACGACGGUCACUGGUACAAGCGGUGAUAAUAGCUUUGAACUAACCAACGACUCCAGCUCAGCUUCGAACGAUGACUACGCCAGCAACAUUCCGAACUUGAGUGAAUUGCAGCAGUAGAUGCACACAUAAAUAUGUAAAUGAAACGUUUUCACCAUACUUACUUAGUUUACAGACAACAAGCCAGACAUUCCAUUCAGUUAACCAUAUUAGCUUAAGUCUAUACAAUGUUCAUGUACGAGCAUUUAUACAUUAUACGUUAUACGUUGUGUUAGCCGAUGUCGGCGUGCAAAUGUGGGCCUAGUUAUAUGAUGCUUACACCUAUAAGGUCCAAGUAGAGUCUAAGAUUCACGGCAAACGUGUAUGUAAUGUGUGUUUGUAUGUAGGUUUGUUGUCCAUUUCGCGGCUACUGAGACAGUUCCACGACGGGUGCGGUGCGUUAUUAUCAAGCAUUUCCAUUUCUUCAACCACUAUGUCUAUGUAACCUAACAACAAAUUCACCACAAAUUUGUAUAUUUUACGAAAGUACGAAUUAUUUAAAAAAACCAAAU